AUGGAAGACCUCCCAAUGGAUGACACGGGUCCUGCCAAGCCAGACCAGCCCUUUGAAUACUUCACCGGAUUUCCUUCUUUCGAUGCUGCAGCAGACCCCCAGCCGGAGGAAAGUGAGCUGAGCAUGGACGGCUCAGGACCCUCAACACCUACCCACGAGACGGAUCCGUUCGAGGAGAGUGAUGAGACUCGAGUCAUCAAGCCAUACGAUAUUGAAGAGCCCGACGAUGAGUUAGAAACUAGCGUGCCAAGGGUAGAUCUACUACGUCUCCCAGAUCGGUUCGAACGAUGGCAGCGCGAGUUGACGGACUACCUAAAUGGCCUGGAGUACGAACGCGUUGGAUUUGAUAGCAAUGCAAUACCUUUGGUGCGAAAGAGAGGGCAGAAGAGAAAGCCAGCCAACAAUGCUCUCGCUACACAGCAGUGCUACCCGCACUUCGCACAGGGACAUGCAUCGGCCGAGACUCUGCCUGAAGUGCAUGAGAAUUCCCCUAAAAGACGAAGGUUUAGCGAACUGCCAAAGUGGCAUGCCCAAGACAUAGACUCAUUUGGGACUUUCCGGGAAACAAACGCGAAUGAAAGCUCAGGUUCUGAGACAGCAUCAAUCGACCUUGGUGGCGGCAACGACGCUAUGAACAACUCUCCCAUGGGUGAUGGGAUGGAUAUCGACUGA